GGCUGUACGUAUUUGCUUGCACGCUCUAUUUGGACAUUUUUUGUGUGUAAUUCAUUUCUAACUGAUCCCAACUGAAAAGCUAUAUUGGCCUAAAACAAGCAGGUAUGCUCUCAGAGGGAUAUCUUUAUGGAAUCCAGCAGUGGUAUGAAGAUGACACAUAUCUAUUCAGUCAUAACAGGACAGCAGAUGCAUCAAAAGAACUGAGUGCUGUAUGCAAUAUAACUUACUCUUCCACAUGUGAGACAAGAAGCAGGAGAUUUUUCAGCAAGUUUGCAUUCAAAGAAAGGCGUAAUCCUACUGUCCACUCAAGGAGAAUUACAACAAAUACAGAACAGACAAGUGAAUUACAGCGAGGAACUGACAACCUGAUGCUUGAAAGGGAUACAUCACCCUCCUUAGCAAUAACUGGCUAUGAAAACUCAAGCAAAGAAACAUAUUUGGUUCCAUCUUCCUGCAAAGAUAUGUGUAUAGACUAUAAUGAUCUUCACAUUGCAGGCGAUCAAGUGAUGGCUAUGAACUCUGAACUCACUGACUUGACUUGCACGCACAGCUUUGAUUUUUGUGAAGGUCCAUUUUUAGAGUCAUCCCAAAUACCACCAACUAUGGAAUCUAUAAAUGCCACAGCUAAUGACAUGAAGAAGAAGCCAAGCAAAGGUGACUUUUCUUGCUGGAAAGGAGGCAGCAUUAAGGAUAAAAGUAUUAUGCAACAUCAACAGCCACUCUCUAACUCUGUGCUUAAUGAGUACUUGGAACGCAAAGUUAUUGAACUUUACAAGCAAUACAUAAUGGAUAUGAGCUGCAGCACAUCAGCAACUGAUAUUAUGGCUUCAGAACUUAUUAUGAACAAUGUACAGCAGAUUAGCAUGCAGAUUUCGCGGGAGCAAAAUAUGGAAACCAAUAAGGCCAAAGACAUGGUCAUUAGUUUCUUGAUUAGAAUAGCAAGUGAGAAGCACUCCAAUAUUGUCAGCACCCCAAAUCUACAAAUCUCUUCAGAUGAAGCAUGAACUUAUUAAGCUUAUGGGGUUGUACAGUAAAUGGAUAGAAAACUCAAUAUAGGGUUAUAAUUGUAAAAAUUACCAGAAUGUACAAACCAAAGGGCAAGUAACACAAAAAAUGAAAGGGUUCGGUAUGUAAACAAUGAUUAAUAAGAAUAAAAACAUUUAAAUACA